AUGGCUGAUGUGUCGCUGAAGAGGCGUCACCCGGGGGAUGAAGAACUGAACGCACAGAAGAGAACGCGAUCCAAUAAUGGCCCUCCUAUGCCUAGUAAUAAUGGCUCCGCGCCAAAUGGCCAAGUCGACAUCGAUCGCAUGCUCGCCGAAGCCAGAGCUAAGGCUGAAGCAGUCAGAGCCAGGAUAAAUAUGGCUCGUGGUGAUUCCGCAUCAGCUUCACCGAGCCCGGCACCUCCUGCCACCUCUACCGGAACGGCGAUGUCUCGUAUCGAACAGAUGAGAGCAAGGGUCGCUGCAGCCACAGGGAAGGUUGGUGCUGCUACAACUCAACAGAGACCAUCAUUUACCCCGUCACCAGUGGCUCCCACGUCCAUCGAACCACCCAAUCGCUAUGACGAUGAUGAUUUAUCGAAGGCACGAGGUGGCCUGGGAGUCGGUCUUCAUCCUGCGCUUUUGGCCGAUACGAUUCAAGACCAGCGAGGAACAAAAGGCCGUGGCGCGGCUCAGCCGAAAUUCGCUACGACCAUGGCAAAUCGCCGCUCAACGACUCCCGUCUCGAAGAAGCCAGGAUUGGAUCUAAGCGGACCUUCAUUAGAGGAAAUUAAACAAAACCCUUAUUAUGAUGACAGUCUUCACGCUACAUCGAAACCUCGUCUGUCCAAGCAGCUCGUGUUCAAUCAGAAAGGAAAAUACAUCGCACAAGCUGCAGCUCUACGGCGUCAGGCGCAGAUGGAGGAAAUGAAAAAGCGAAUCGCGAGCAUGGCGCGCCAAGCCGGUGUAGAUGAAGAGUUAAGCCUUGAAAAAGCCUUUGAAGUUCCUGCACCUCCAGCUUUAGAGUGGUGGGACGAAGGAUUGGUCAACGGAAGCGACUAUUCUGCAAUCGAUGAUCCUAAGAAUAUAAAAGUCGACACUGAUGACUCGCUUGUUACAAUCUACAUUCAGCAUCCUGUUUUGCUGGAUCCUCCCCAGGAGAAGUUAAUUCCGCAACAGAAACCUAUGUAUUUGACAGCAAAAGAACAAGCGAAACUGCGCCGACAGCGUCGUAUGGCGGAUCUUAAGGAACAGCAAGCAAAGAUUAGAUUAGGUCUCGAACCUGCUCCACCACCAAAGGUUAAGAAGUCUAACCUAAUGCGAGUCCUCGGAGAGGAAGCCGUGAAGGAUCCCACGGCUGUAGAGGCUCGCGUUAAUCGCGAAAUUGCAGAGCGUCGGCAAAAACACGAAUCAGCUAACGAAGAACGCAAAUUGACAAAGGAGCAGCGAAAAGAGAAACUUGCUGCUCAGCAGGAAAAGGAUGCUGAGAAGGGCAUUCAUGUGUGUGUAUUCAAGAUUGACUGUCUUGCCAAUGGACGGCAUCGCUUCAAGAUCAGCAAGAACGCUGAGCAAAUGGCACUCACGGGUGUUUGCGUAAUGCACCCAAAGCUCAACUUGCUCAUUGUAGAAGGUGGUGCUCAUUCGAUAAACCAAUACAAAAAGUUGAUGCUUAACCGUAUCGACUGGACUGAAAAUUCUGGUCCCGGUCCACAGCGCGAGGGAGGAAACCGUGAGUCAUCGGCAUCAUGGCUAAAUCCCGAGGAUGAGAAGGGUGAACUGCGUGACCUUGGGUCUAACACCUGUACACUUCUAUGGGAAGGACAGCAGAAAACGAGAGCGUUCAGGAAGUGGCUAGGCGCACGAGUUUGUGAAACUGAUAGCGCUGCGAAGGAUACUUUGGCUCGGGCUAAGAUGGAGAAUUUUUGGGUAUUGGCGAAGACGUAUAAGCCAGCUGCUUUCUAA